UCGAAGGUGGCCUUCGGUGACCCCGGCACACUAGAGAACCGUUGUAAUCAUCGGUUGGUGUUGAUAAGCGGAUUGCCUCCGUUCGUUCGAGCACUAAGAGUCGUUUGGGCUCGACUAUUCGUCAAUCCAGUGUUCGCUCGAAAGUGAGAGUGAUCACAUCGAUUGUCUUCUGCGGUUCUAGAGUGCGGGAAGCUUGCGAAUUGAAAAUGCUGUCAGUUUUGGUACGGAAUGCUUCCCGACGGGAUGGCCUUCGAAAGGCGGCUCGCACUCUGUCUGUGUCGGCUUCAGCGCAAGCGGCAUCACCGGGCGGUGGAAAGGAACCUCAGAAAACGGCACUCUACGACUUUCAUCAGAGCCACGGAGGAAAGUUGGUGGAUUUUGCAGGCUAUUGGCUGCCGGUUCAGUACAGUGACCAAAGUAUCAUCAAAUCACAUCUCUAUACCCGCGAAUAUGGUUCCAUCUUCGACGUGUCUCACAUGCUUCAGACGUACUUAAGAGGAAAAGAUGUGGUAAACUGCUUUGAAUCGGUUUGCACUGCUGAUAUCAAAGGUCUCAAGAAUGGAACCGGAACAUUAACUGUGUUUACCAACGAUAAGGGUGGCAUAUUGGAUGAUUUGAUCGUGAACCGAGUCUCGGACGAUACACUUUACGUGGUGUCCAAUGCUUCCCGCAAAGAGUCCGAUAUGGCCGUAAUGACCGAUGCAGUGGCGUCAUUCAAAGCAAAAGGCAAAGAUGUUUCAGUGACAUUCCUACCAAGCGAUGAACAAUCGCUACUGGCCAUUCAAGGACCGAGUGCGAUUUCUGUCCUCCAAAAGCUAUGCACCACAGACCUGUCCCGUUUGUUCUUCAUGAACACCAUAAGCGACCAAAUUGCCGGAGUAGAAAAAUGCCGAAUUACCCGCUGCGGUUACACCGGCGAGGAUGGCGUCGAAAUCUCAGUUCCCUCUAGCAAGGCAUCGGAAAUCGCUUCCGCAUUACUGGAAUCAAAAGUCGGCAAACUGAAGCUAGCCGGUCUCGGUGCUCGGGACUCACUACGAAUGGAAGCAGGACUUUGCCUGUACGGAAACGAUAUCGACGAGUCGACCACUCCGGUCGAGGCUGGCCUGCUCUGGCUAGUGGCGAAACAAAGGCGGGCGGAAAAUAACUUCCCUGGUUCCGACAUUAUACUGAAACAAAUCAAAAAUGGUGUCACUCGCCGCCGGGUGGGUUUCAGCAUGUCACCCGGAUCGGCUCCAGCCCGGCAACACGUGGAAGUAUGCGACAACGAGCACCGCAAGAUCGGUGAAAUUACCAGCGGCUGCCCGAGCCCGUGUCUGCAGCAAAACAUUGCCAUGGGCUACAUCCAGGAAGUGUCGAAAAAAGUGGGCACGGAAGUGCUGCUGAAAGUACGGGACAAGUACUACCACAGUCACGUUGCCAAAAUGCCAUUCGUAGCAACACACUACUAUCAGCAGCCGAAAUAAAUGAAUGACGAUGAUUGCUGUCCGCUCGAGCAAUGUUCGCGUGUUCUUUCAGUGUUGUGUCUUAUCACAGAGCAUAGGUUGUUUAUAUUGGCAUAGUCAAUAAUUUCAGCCAUGCGGUGGUUACGGAGCACAAUGUUUAAUCGUAAUGUAAACCGUAUUUGCAAUGUCAUUUGUUUGCGGAUAAUCUGAACUUCAGGUUAUUAUCGGCGACAGAUGAACCAUCGGCCUACACUAAAUCGUCGACAAUGUCUAUAUUCUUGAUAAUGACAAAAUUGAGAUUGAAUUUGAGGGGGUGUCUCUAUCUUAUCUAUACUUAGUCAAUAAGGUGUUAUAUAAAUAAUUUUAGCAGGUGGACAUUUGACAUAAAGAAAAUAACUCAGGCACGCGACACAUUUCUCUCUUAUUUAAUGCAAUCGAUGUAUUUUAUUGAGUAUAAGUGAAUAAAUGAUAGAAACAAAAUGUUUGCCCAGUUUACAUCAGCUCGCGAUUAUAUGUACCCGAAUUUAUCAACGUCCGAUCCUUAAAACCUCAAAUUGAAUAUCUACAAUAUUAUAUAAAACACUGAUCACAGCACACAAGAAAAGUGGUAAACAAAUAGGCAACUUCAAAAAGUCGCCCAUGCGCGCGAUAACAAAUGCGAAAGGGCAAUGAAAAUAUUUGAAGACGAAUAAUGACAAGAAUAGUCAUAGUGAAUGUACUCUACGAUGUAUGUUACCAAGUGUAACUCAUCUCUUUGAAACGAGCUAGAAAAACGGCCAAAAUAAAAUGAUUAGGUCAUUUUCAGGUUUGGUUACAUAUACGUU